AUGACUCCACUGCCCGACCCCCAUCGCCAUCACCCAGUUGGGCUACUGCCGCUCCCAAAUGGAAACACGAGCAAUCCCAGCACCAGGAGAACGCCUGAGACCGGCGUCACUGACCUCCAGGAACCUUCCCAAGGCACUUUUGCCCCUGGCGGCGAGCUUCUGUCAGCUUAG